CGGGAGAGCGGGGCGGGACGGACCGGGCGGGCGCUCCGGGCGGCGGGAGCGGGGCCGGGAGCAGCGGGAGCGGGGGGGGGCAGCCAUGCCGUACGCCAACCAGCCCACCGUGCGCAUCACCGAGCUCACGGACGAGAACGUCAAGUUCAUCAUCGAGAACACGGACCUGGCGGUGGCGAAUUCCAUUCGAAGAGUGUUCAUCGCAGAAGUCCCCACCAUAGCCAUUGACUGGGUCCAGAUAGAUGCCAACUCCUCCGUGCUCCACGAUGAGUUCAUUGCACACAGGCUGGGUCUCAUUCCUCUCACCAGCGAUGACAUUGUGGAUAAGAUGCAAUAUUCCAGAGACUGCACGUGUGACGAGUUCUGCCCCGAGUGCUCCGUGGAGUUCACGCUGGACGUUCGCUGCAAUGAGGACCAGACCCGGCACGUGACGUCCCGGGACCUCAUCUCCAACAACCCCCGCGUCAUCCCGGUGACAUCUCGGAGCAGAGACAACGACCCCAAUGACUACGUGGAGCAGGAUGACAUCCUGAUUGUGAAGCUGCGCAAGGGGCAGGAGCUGCGGCUGCGGGCCUACGCCAAGAAGGGCUUUGGCAAGGAGCACGCCAAGUGGAACCCCACGGCCGGCGUGGCCUUCGAGUACGACCCCGACAACGCGCUCAGGCACACCGUGUACCCCAAGCCAGAGGAGUGGCCCAAGAGUGAGUACUCGGAGAUCGACGAUGAGGAUGCUCAGGCUCCCUAUGACCCCAAUGGCAAGCCAGAGAGGUUUUAUUACAACGUGGAGUCCUGUGGCUCCCUGCGCCCUGAGACCAUCGUCCUGUCUGCCCUGUCCGGCCUCAAGAAGAAACUGAGCGACCUCCAGACACAGCUGAGCCACGAGAUCCAGAGCGAUGUCCUCACUAUCAACUGAGGUGGCCCUGGCAAGAGAGUGCUGUGAGCUGUGAGUGAUGCCUGGCUGAGAUCUGGGGAGAGGCUUUUACCUCCCCAUCAUCUCUUCAGCCUUUCCUGGCCCAGCACUUGAUUGGGGACACCUCUUCCUUGGCCCUCCUUCCCAGGGAAAGCCAUUGUUACAUGUAGGGUAGAACAGGAGGGGCAUCAGUGAGCAUCUUAGCUGGGACAGGCUUUGUCUCCAAAUGAUCCUGGAGUUUUGGUUCUGGUGUUGGAUUUUGGCCACGUGGUGUUUGGGAUUGGGAAGUGUGUACCUUUGUUACACAACCCUUUUACAUGUCCAUUCUUUACUGUGCUGAAUAAAGCCUUACCCCCAAA